GUGGAAACAACCGCAAGAGGCGAUUCCAAUGAGCUGAGGACUAUAUUUCUGAAGGUAAGACUGUCAUUCACAAGUGGUCCCAAUAUUGCUAUGGCACUAAAAUAGUCAUUAUUUAUAUUCUUUGAUUCUUUAAAUGCAGCUGUUCUUGGAUGAAUGAAAAGAGCAUGCAACUUUUAAUUUAUUGUCUUUAAUGAUAACCUAGAUUGUAAGGCAAAGCUACAUUAUGGAAAAGCUACUGAGACCAUAAUUUAACUCUCUCUCUCUCUCUCUCUCUCUCACACACACACACACACACACACACACACACACACACACACACACACACACACACACACACACACACACACACACACGCACGCACACACACACACACACAUACAUGCACACACACACACACACAAACACACACACUCACACAUACACACACACACACAGAGAGAGAGCGAGAGAGAGAUACACUUGAGUGUGCUGCCUCUACUGUUCAAUACUACAAGGAAAGGUCACACAAAUGCUUGGACUAAUUCUGGAUCACCUUCACCAAGGAAUUUCUCCUUGCCUGACUUCUUUUAGGGUGUGACAUUUACUUGGAUCUUCAGAUGUCUGGAAGAUACAGAUGUUUUUGCAAAUCAUUUCAAACAUGCGUUCUUGUGCUUUACAAAGUCACACAUAGUAACAAGCAGAAGGCUGCUAGGCCAUUGUUAGGAGUGUAAACAUGUUUCUUGCAACAGACAGCACCAGGGAGGGACUCCUUAUUUGACCUAGUACUAUUUUAGGACCUUCUUCUUUCUUCAUACAACACUGCAUUGAUUAAUUCUGAAAGCACCCCAAUGAAUAUUAGGCAUAGCUGUUUUAAUAUGCACCUGUAAUUAAUAUUAGGCAUAGCUGUUUUAAUAUGCACCUGUAAUUAAUAUUAGGCAUAGCUGUUUUAAUAUGCACCUUUAAUUAGUAAUAAACAUAUCACACUGAAAUAGCUAGUUAAUUAAUGGAUGAAAGGGCCAUUUUGUCCAACCUGCCUAAUCUGAUCAAGAAGCACUUGAGGCUUGUUGUGAAGAUAAAUUGAUGCCAAAUGAUGUAGUGAAUAAAUGGGUUAAUAAAUUGGUUGGAAUUAAUACUUUCACUUAAAACAUUAACUCAAGAGUGUGCAGUGAGAUGUGGUCUCAAAUGCAUUCUUUGUAAAGGUCUCUUUCUUUCUCUCUCUUUUACUGUCUCUCACUCUUUCUUCUUUUAUUUUUCACUCUCUCACUCUCUCACUCCCUCUGACCCCCCCCCCCCCCCUCUCUCUCUCUCUCUCUCUCUCUCUCUCUCUUUCUCUCUCUCUCGCUCUCUCUCUCUCUCUCUCUCUCUCUCUCUCCCUCUCUCUCUCUCUCUCUCUCGCUCUUGCUCACUCCCUCUCUCUCCCUGUGCUUGGCUGUAUACCCAGAGCCUGGCCUUUAUGCUGCCAGUUCAUGCAGUGCUUGUGUUUCCUGAGCUAUCUCUGUUCCAGCUUGUAACCCAACCCUGACUCCAAAACUGACCUUUCAUUUUCUAAAGCCUAGACGAGAGGUCAGUUUUAGCACCACCAGUGCUAAAAAUGCUGUUCCUAUUCUCUUUCUAAGCAGUGCACAUGCAUUCAAUGCACAUUAGUCCCCUGUAGCUCAGUUGGUAGAGCAUGGCACUUGCAACGCCAGGGUUGUGGGUUCGUUUCCCAUGGGGGGCCAGUAUCAAAAUGUAUGCACUCACUAACUGUAAGUCACUCUGGAUACGAGCGUCUGCUAAAUGACUAAAAUGUAAAUGUAUGUGUAAAGUUAUAAAUGGAUUUGAUUAUAACUGUCUGUGUCUUAAUUUAGAAAUACAUUUUUCAGAUGACUUGGCAGUCCCUUGCAAUGCCACAGCUGAAGCCCUAAUGUCACAUAUCAUUAUACGCUGCUCUAGUACUUAUCUAUUACAUUGUACUUACAACAUCCCAUAUUGUAUAUGAAAUAUAAUAUACUGCACUGCACUUAUCUCCAUACGUGAUUGUGACACUUAACAUGAUAGUGGUUUGUGAAGCUUUGUUGCCUUGAUGACUUGCUACACUACAGCUUGUGCUGUGUCAUUGUGGGUAAAAAAAAAAGAACAUAAAAGAAUAACCAAUUUCUCUCUAGGAGGUAAUAAUACAGCUUGAAACUUUAUUGAAGUGUUUUGAAAGCAAGUAGCUGAAGUUCUCUAUCUGUUUAUUCACUGAACAACUCAAAUACAUUACUAGAACACAAUGAAUUGCAAGAACUAGAUUGUUUUUGAACUAUGGUAUUUUUGCCUAGCAUUGAUGGAAUGUCUAGAAGCACAUAAUAUAAAUCAAAAUAAGUAUAACUAUGGAGACAAAAUCAAGAUAGAAACACAGACACACUAUUGUCAGAAGUAAAGUUAACUGUAAGUGUUGUCAGAUACAGUAGGUGUUGAGGGAACUGUGAUAUAACGCAAAGAAAGGCUGUGUUGGGAAAGUGACUCCAGGCAUGGAGUUUUGUAUGAGUAUGAGUUUGUAUUGAGUUUCUGAGAAUUUACAUUUUACACUCAUCUGGGUCUUUUGUCUCCCUUCAGCAUGCCAGUGUGGUUGAGGAUGGGGAGCAUUACAUGUCCCCCAGGGACUUUGUGCAGAACUUCCUGGGUCUGCACAACCAGCCGGACCACAACCGGAAGACUGUGCAGCUGAUCGCUGGAGUAGCUGACACCAGCAAGGAUGGGUAAGUCUACUUCCACUACGUGUCAUCUUUUGCACAUUUAUCAUUCCAGUGUUAAUACGAAAUUGUAACUAUUUUGCACUAUGGCCUAUUUAUUGCCUUACCUCCAUAACUUACUACAUUCACACACACUGUAUAUAUAUUUUCUGUUGUAUUUUUGACUUUAUGUUUUGUUUACCCCAUAUGUAACUCUGUGUUGUUGUUUUUAUCGCACUGCUUUGCUUUAUCUUGGCCAGGUCGCAGUUGUAAAUGAGAACUUGUUCUCAACUGGCUUACCUGGUUAAAUAAAGGUUAUAUAAAAAAAAAUAGAUGAUCCUCAACAUUAGUGACCCUGAUAUAGAAGGGGUUAACAAGAGUUUCUACAAGACAUCAUACAGCGGAAAUGGAAUUGAGAUUUUUUAAAGAAAAAAAGGGUCAAACUAACAUUUUGAUGACUGUUUCACUACCUACAAGAUCCCAAUGUAACCAUGUGAUACACACAAUGUGGUUCUAAAUGUUACGUGAACAGAUAUAGGAUCUUAAUUUGACCACACUGUUGCAGGAGAACUUUCCUGCAAUUCAGGAAAUGUAAAACUUGUAGUGUAUUUGAGGUUUAAAAAGGCUUCUGAAGUUAAUAACUUCCACUUUGAAAUUUCAGACCUGAUUUUCCCUUAUGAAAAAUGUAUCAACCCCUACAAAAAAUGUCCAUUAAUUAUAAUCCACAUAAAAAUUCACAUUUCCUGUUGCUGCAGGAUUAUCCUGCUGUAGCAAACUGGCUCAAAUUAAGAUCCUACAUCUGUAUUGGUGUAGACAAGGAGUAGUAAAGAGAAAUCAGUCACAUGGAGAAAGUGAUUAAUGAUUAAUCACAAGGUUGUUCACAUUGCCUGAAUAGCCAUCUUCAUCAGUUGUUUAACACCCCAUGUUUGUUUUUAUUGAAUAUCCACCUGAUAAGAUAAGCGGACGUAUUAUUUGCAUAAUGCCAAAGACUGGAGAUAGCAUCUCGUUUAAAUAAAACUAAACAGCACGUUCCUAUCCACACCAUAGACUGUAGAGCAUAUUAUAAACAUGGGUCAAAUAAAUAGUUAUACAGCACUUGACCUUUUCUUGAAAAGAAAAUGCUCCAACAUCUAAAAGUGGUUGUUUUAACGACUGUUGCUUUUGCUCACUUUUAUGUAAAUGAUACAGGUAGGCUACAGUUAUUUGUGUGCUCAAAUGAAGUUAGGGUUCCUGAUGUACCUUUGAAUUUGCAGAGAAAUGUCAUUUUUUCAGAUAGUACUCUUUCUUUCUUGUCCAAACAGACUGAUCUCUUUCCAGGAGUUUCUGGCCUUUGAAUCGGUUCUGUGUGUCCCAGAUGCCCUUUUCAUAGUUGCCUUUCAGUUGUUUGACAAGACUGGCACAGGGGACAUCUCAUUUGGUAUGUACAUGGGGAUGCCCAAUGACCUGGUGUGUGGGGAUGGCUGUCCUGUUGCAUCCCAGUCCUGUCUGUUUCAUGUCAUAAUCAUGUCAUAGCUAAUGGGCACAGCAUCAGUAGAGCGUUUACCUAGGGGCAAUGACCAUACACUUUCCCAUUGUGCAAGACCCAUUUCUAUGUAAGAAGUGGAUGAUAUAAGAUGAAUAUAUCUCAUGUAUAACUAAGGACCUUGUGCAAUAAGGUGCUGUAUAGCUGUUUUCAGUGUAGAAAAUGAAUGUAGGUCUCGCAUGUGUGCUUAGUGUGUAUUCAGUUUGUGCGCUAGUGUGUCUCUCUAUACUGGGCUUCUGGAGACUGCAGAGUAGUAUAGGGUUGGUCAGUCAGCAGCUUCUAUUCUAGAGGUGUCGUCUAAGCGAAGAAUAGUCUCAGCUCUGAGAGAGCUGUGGGUAAUACCACAUCAUAACAAGUCACAUCUUUACAGGACAAAAGAGUGGUUGCAAUGCUCAUUGUGCAGCACGGGUCCCCAUGAAGGCGAUAGAAAAUGAAGGCAGUGCUCAGACACAGUGUCCUAGAUAUGCUUAGAACUCACACAACAUGAUGGCGAUGGGAUUGUCAGCAAGGCCAUAUUCCCCCUCUGUGCAUAUCGACUGGAUUUGUAGGUUCCCAGAAAUGAGAUAAGGACAUAUAUUGUAUGUUUUUUGUUUUUCUUUCAAUCUCUUGAUGUUACUCAUCAAUCUUUCAUUUGGCAGCCAAUGUGCGGGACAUCUUCAGCCAGACCACAGUGCACCACCACAUCCCUUUUAACUGGGACUGUGAGUUCAUCAGGCUACACUUUGGCAAUGACAGAAAGAAGAACCUCAGCUACCUGGAGUUCACUCAGUUUCUGCAGGUACUGUAUAGGCAUGGACAUUACCAGCCACCUUAUGAACAGUACAAAUGUUGGAGGCAAUUUUUCUAUCAUGGUUUAGGUAGACAUGGGCGGAUUAUAAUAGCAUAAUAAACACACCAUUAUGUAACGUAUUGAAGCUGUAACAAGUAUAAGUAAUCACCAAAACAGGGAGGGCUAUGUACAGUGGGGAAAAAAUGUAUUUAGUCAGCCACCAAUUGUGCAAGUUCUCCCACUUAAAAAGAUGAGAGAGGCCUGUAAUUCAUCAUAGGUACACGUCAACUAUGACAGACAAAAUGAGAAAAAAAAUCCAGAAAAUCACAUUGUAGGAUUUUUAAUGAAUUUAUUUGCAAAUUAUGGUGGAAAAUAAGUAUUUGGUCACCUACAAACAAGCAAGAUUUCUGGCUCUCACAGACCUGUAACUUCUUCUUUAAGAGGCUCCUCUGUCCUCCAAUCGUUACCUGUAUUAAUGGCACCUGUUUGAACUUGUUAUCAGUAUAAAAUACACCUGUCCACAACCUCAAACAGUCACACUCCAAACUCCACUAUGGCCAAGACCAAAGAGCUGUCAAAGGACACCAGAAACAAAAUUGUAGACCUGCACCAGGCUGGGAAGACUGAAUCUGCAAUAGGUAAGCAGCUUGGUUUGAAGAAAUCAACUGUGGGAGCAAUUAUUAGGAAAUGGAAGACAUACAAGACCACUGAUAAUCUCCCUCGAUCUGGGGCUCCACGCAAGAUCUCACCCCGUGGGGUCAAAAUGAUCACAAGAACGGUGAGCAAAAAUCCCAGAACCACACGGGGGGACCUAGUGAAUGACCUGCAGAGAGCUGGGACCAAAGUAACAAAGCCUACCAUCAGUAACACACUACGCCGCCAGGGACUCAAAUCCUGCAGUGCCAGACGUGUCCCCCUGCUUAAGCCAGUACAUGUCCAGGCCCAUCUGAAGUUUGCUAGAGUGCAUUUGGAUGAUCCAGAAGAGGAUUGGGAGAAUGUCAUAUGGUCAGAUGAAACCAAAAUAUAACUUUUUGGUAAAAACUCAACUCGUCGUGUUUGGAGGACAAAGAAUGCCGAGUUGCAUCCAAAGAACACCAUACCUACUGUGAAGCAUGGGGGUGGAAACAUCAUGCUUUGGGGCUGUUUUUCUGCAAAGGGACCAGGACGACUGAUCCGUGUAAAGGAAAGAAUGAAUGGGGCCAUGUAUCAUGAUAUUUUGAGUGAAAACCUCCUUCCAUCAGCAAGGGCAUUGAAGAUGAAACGUGGCUGGGUCUUUCAGCAUGACAAUGAUCCCAAACACACCGCCCGGGCAACGAAGGAGUGGCUUCGUAAGAAGCAUUUCAAGGUCCUGGAGUGGCCUAGCCAGUCUCCAGAUCUCAACCCCAUAGAAAAUCAGUUGAAAGUCCGUGUUGCCCAGCGACAGCCCCAAAACAUCACUGCUCUAGAGGAGAUCUGCAUGGAGGAAUGGGCCAAAAUACCAGCAACAGUGUGUGAAAGCCUUGUGAAGACUUACAGAAAACGUUUGACCUGUGUCAUUGCCAACAAAGGGUAUAUAACAAAGUAUUGAGAAACUUUUGUUAUUGACCAAAUACUUAUUUUCCACCAUAAUUUGCAAAUAAAUUCAUUAAAAAUCCUACAAUGUGAUUUUCUGGAGAAAAAAUUUCUCAUUUUGUCUGUCAUAGUUGACGUGUACCUAUGAUGAAAAUUACAGGCCUCUCUCAUCUUUUUAAGUGGGAGAACUUGCACAAUUGGUGGCUGACUAAAUACUUUUUUCCCCCACUGUAUGUGAGUAUUAUAUGAGCCAUAAAGCCAGUAGUACAGUGCCUUGCAAAAGUAUUCAUCCCCCUUGGCGUUUUUUCCUAUUUUGUUGCGUUACAACCUGUAAUUUAAAUGGAUUUUUAUUUGGAUUUCAUGUAAUGGACAUACACAAAAUAGUCCAAAUUGGUGAAGUGAAAUGAAAAAAGAACUUGUUUAAAAAAAAUCUAAAAAAUAAAUAAUGGAAAAGUGGUGCGUGCAUAUGUAUUCACCCCCUUUGCUAUGAAGCCCCUAAAUAAGAUCUGGUGCAACCAAUUACCUUCAGAAGUCACAUAAUUAGUUGAAUAGAGUCCACCUGUGUGCAAUCUAAGUGUCACAUGAUCUGUCACAUGAUCUCAGUAUAUAUACACCUGUUCUGAAAGGCCCCAGAGUCUGCAACACCACUAAGCAAGGGGCACCACCAAGCAAGCGGCACCAUGAAGACCAAGGAGCUCUCCAAACAGGUCAGGGACAAAGUUGUGGAGAAGUACAGAUCAGGGUUGGGUUAUAAAAAAAUAUCCAAAACUUUGAACAUCCCACGGAGCACCAUUAAAUCCAUUAUUAAGAAAUGGAAAGAAUAUGGCACCACAACAAACCUGCCAAGAGAGGGCUGCCCACCAAAACUCACGGACCAGGCAAGGAGGGCAUUAAUCAGAGAGGCAACAAAGAGACCAAAGAUAACCCUGAAGGAGCUGCAAAGCUCCACAGUGGAGAUUGGAGUAUCUGUCCAUAGGACUACUUUAAGCAGUACACUCCACAGAGCUGGGGUUUACGGAAGAGUGGCCAGAAAAAAGCCAUUGCUUAAAGAAAAAAAUAAGCAAACACGUUUGGUGUUCGCAAAAAGGCAUGUGGGAGACUCCCCAAACAUAUGGAAGAAGGUACUCUGGUCAGAUGAGACUAAAAUUGAGCUUUUUGGCCACUGGGCAAAAAUCCCAGUGGCUAGAUGUGACAAGCUUAUAGAGACAUACCCCAAGAGACUUGCAGCUGUAAUUGCUGUAAAACGUGGCUCUACAAAGUAUUGACUUUGGGGGGGGUGAAUAGUUAUGCACGCUCAAGUUUUCUGUUUUUUUGUCUUAUUUCUUGUUUGUUUCACAAUAAAAAAUAUGGUGGUAGUGGUAGGCAUGUUGUGUAAAUCAAAUGAAACAAACCCCAAAAAAUCUAUUUUAAUUCCAGGUUGUAAGGCAACAAAAUAGAAAAAAUGCCAAGGGGGGUGAAUACUUUCGCAAGCCACUGUAUGGCUGUGGACGUAGCUUGUUUGGAGUGAAGGGGUUUGUGGGCUCAGAUGAUGAGCAGGGUGGUCUGGGAGUUGGAAUGGCUUGGCUGUGGUUCCACUACUCUACUGUGUGUAAAGCCUCAGCAGUUUGCGGUGGAUCAUGGUUGACUAAGGGUUCCCACCAGCGCACAAGGACUCUUGUGUGUGACCUUUUCAUUCAAACCAACAUUUGGUUUAGCUGUUAUUUCUCUGCUGAUGUUUUGUAACAUUGUUUCCAGCUAAUACAUUCUUGAAUGUGAUUCAGCUAAAUCUAACAUAGUCAUAAACAAAACUGCUGAAAGUUUAGUGCAUUUUUUAACAGAAUAUGUCCUUCCACCUUCUGGAGGUUACAUUGUUCCAGUCUAACUGGAAUUAAAAAACAUAACUGUUAGUAUACAAGGAAAGUAAACAGCGCCUGUAGUGUGGGUCUUAUGUGCUACAGUAUCCAUCUUUAGUGCAGCAUCCAAGUACUGUACAGAUCUUAAUUUGAUCACUCUUUUGUUGCUGAGAAUUUUCCUGCACAGCAGGAAAUGCAAACUUGUAGUGUAUUUGAGGUUUAAAAGGUCUUUCUAAAGUUUGUAAUUUCCACUUUAAAAUGUCAGACUUGAUUUAACUUAACGAAAAGUGUAUCAGCCCCUACAAAAAAUGUCAAUUUAUUAUAAUCCACAUUUCCUGUUGCUGCAGGACUAUUUUCCUGCUGUAGCAAACUGGCUUGAAUUAAGAUCCUACAUCUGUACCUGCAUUUGGGUAUCAAAGUAAUCCCCAACUCUUACAAGAUAUGGAGUAAAAGUGUAUAGUAUAAAAAGUUACCAUGAUGCACUGUUUUCUGUUAUGGCACAAUGAGUUAUGUAUAUAGAUGAGAAGUAUCCGCUGCUAUUAUGUGAUCAGCUUUGACAGCAGAGCUGACCCUGGGGCAGUGGCCCCCCUGCUUCCCCUCUGAUUGCAUGGCUGUCCUAUUGAAUCAUCCCUGUGCUCCUCCCGACACACCUGCCUGCUGUCCUGCACAGGCCUGGGAUCAGACUUCAGGGGGACAUGGUUUUUAUUAGACUCCUGAGAGACAGCGAUGAUUACAAGAGCCAGGGUCUAACACUGUCACAUCUAAUGCUUCCACAUGCGCCAAACUGCGUCCGACAUCGUCCAACAUGAUGUCAUGUUUUUUUCCAAUGUUCCAUUUCAUCCAAUGUAAUUUAAUGCGUUUAUGUCACAGGAGCCUGCUCUUUGUAUAUUUUGUUCAAACUUAUACCCUUUCCUCUAAAUGUAGGAGCUGCAGUUGGAGCAUGCCCGCCAGGCGUUUGCCCAGAAGGAUAAGAGCAAGAUUGGUACCAUCUCUGCCAUGGACUUCAGCGACAUCAUGGCCACCAUCCGCCACCAUAUGCUCACCCCCUUUGUGGAGGAGAACCUGGUCUCAGUUAGUUAGAGACAGCUAUGGUUUCCCAGUUUCAACAUUAGAUUAUUGUAAGGGCACUGUGUGCAUGAGGAGACCUCACAGUGUCUGUUCCUCUCUCCAUAGGCGGCUGGAGGCAGCACUUCCCACAUGGUGAGCUUCUCCUACUUCAAUGCCUUCAACGCCCUCCUUAACAACAUGGAGCUGAUCCGCAAGAUCUACAGCACACUAGCUGGCACAUACAAGGAUACCCUCGUCACCAAAGGUACACAUGUAGGAUCUUAAUUUGAGCAAGUUUGCUACAGCAGGAUAUAAUCCUGCAGCAACAGGAAAUGUGAAUAAUUGUGUGGAUUAUAAUUAAUAUACAUUUUUACAGGGGUUGGUAAAUUGAAGGAAAAUUAAGUCUGAAAUUUGUAAGUGGAAAUUUCAAACUUCAGAAGCCUUUUUAAACCUCAAAUACACUACAAAUUUAAAAUUUCCGGCAUUGCAGGAAAGUCCUCUUGCAACAGGGUGAUCAAAUUAAGAUUCUACAUUUGUAGCCUACUCCUGCUCAUACCUCAUUUGAGAGUGAGGAAAUGUGAUUUCAUACAUGAACUGAGGCUGUACAGUACUAUCAUGGGUGUUUCACCUCUCUUGACAGAAUGGUGUCAGGAAACACAAUAUAAUUUUUCCUUAGCUCUAAGUAAAUAAGGUCAAUUAACACUGUAAUAUUAUGUUUUACAGUGGGGGAAAAACGUAUUUAGUCAGCCACCAAUUGUGCAAGUUCUCCCACUUAAAAAGAUGAGAGAGGCCUGUAAUUUUCAUCAUAGGUACACGUCAACUAUGACAGACAAAAUGAGAGAGAAAAAUCCAGAAAAUCACAUUGUAGGAUUUUUAAUGAAUUUAUUUGCAAAUUAUGGUGGAAAAUAAGUAUUUGGUCAAUAACAAAAGUUUCUCAAUACUUUGUUAUAUACCCUUUGUUGGCAAUGACACAGGUCAAACGUUUUCUGUAAGUCUUCACAAGGCUUUCACACACUGUUGCUGGUAUUUUGGCCCAUUCCUCCAUGCAGAUCUCCUCUAGAGCAGUGAUGUUUUGGGGCUGUCGCUGGGCAACACGGACUUUCAACUCCCUCCAAAGAUUUUCUAUGGGGUUGAGAUCUGGAGACUGGCUAGGCCACUCCAGGACCUUGAAAUGCUUCUUACGAAGCCACUCCUUCGUUGCCCGGGUGGUGUGUUUGGGAUCAUUGUCAUGCUGAAAGACCCAGCCACGUUUCAUCUUCAAUGCCCUUGCUGAUGGAAGGAGGUUUUCACUCAAAAUCUCACGAUACAUGGCCCCAAUCAUUCUUUCCUUUACACGGAUAAGUCGUCCUGGUCCCUUUGCAGAAAAACAGCCCCAAAGCAUGAUGUUUCCACCCCCAUGCUUCACAGUAGGUAUGGUGUUCUUUGGAUGCAACUCAGCAUUCUUUGUCCUCCAAACACGACGAGUUGAGUUUUUACCAAAAAGUUCUAUUUAGGUUUCAUCUGACCAUAUGACAUUCUCCCAAUCCUCUUCUGGAUCAUCCAAAUGCACUCUAGCAAACUUCAGACGGGCCUGGACAUGUACUGGCUUAAGCAGGGGGACACGUCUGGCACUGCAGGAUUUGAGUCCCUGGCGGCGUAGUGUGUUACUGAUGGUAGGCUUUGUUACUUUGGUCCCAGCUCUCUGUUGGUCAUUCACUAGGUCCCCCCGUGUGGUUCUGGGAUUUUUGCUCACCGUUCUUGUGAUAAUUUUGACCCCACGGGGUGAGAUCCUGCGUGGAGCCCCAGAUCGAGGGAGAUUAUCAGUGGUCUUGUAUGUCUUCCAUUUCCUAAUAAUUGCUCCUACAGUUGAUGUCUUCAAACCAAGCUGCUUACCUAUUGCAGAUUCAGUCUUCCCAGCCUGGUGCAGGUCUACAAUUUUGUUUCUGGUGUCCUUUGACAGCUCUUUGAUCUUGGCCAUAGUGGAGUUUGGAGUGUGACUGUUUGAGGUUGUGGACAGGUGUCUUUUAUACUGAUAACAAGUUCAAACAGGUGCCAUUAAUACAGGUAACGAGUGGAGGACAGAGGAGCCUCUUAAAGAAGAAGUUACAGGUCUGUGAGAGCCAGAAAUCUUGCUUGUUUAUAGGUGACCAAAUACUUAUUUUCCACCAUAAUUUGCAAAUAAAUUCAUAAAAAAUCCUACAAUGUGAUUUUCUUGAUUUUUUUUCCUCAAUUUGUCUGUCAUAGUUGACGUGUACCUAUGAUGAAAAUUACAGGCCUCUCUCAUCUUUUUAAGUGGGAGAACUUGCACAAUUGGUGGCUGACUAAAUACUUUUUUCCCCCACUGUAUUAGUUUAGACUGUUCCCUUAGAUCUGUGGAAUUGAUAGUUGACCUGUUCUGAUAGUGAUAGUUAUUUAUGUUAUAUUUUCCCUUUCACCUUUGCAGUGUACUGCUGAUGUGGUUGGUUACCCUUGCAGCAGGUCUACCCACCCACUGUAUCCCUACAUCCCUAGUCUUAGUAAGUGACCCCCUGCCUGGUUUUUCUUACAUAACAUGCCUUCCUCUGUUCCGUAUUGUUCCACAGAAGAGUUUGUUAGUGCUGCCAACAAGUUUGGUCAGAUCAAUCCAAUGGAAAUUGACAUCCUGUACCAGCUCUCUGGUCUCCACGCUCAUUCUGGGUAAGGUUCAAACUCUCUCCAGUCUCAGUGACACAUCACCGGUGCUUUGUGCUUUUUACUCACACGCAUACAACAUGGCCUUUGCAUGGCCAAAUAUUGAAUUACUGUCCUCCACAUGAAUUCAAUAUAUCUAACACAUUUAUUGUAAAUAGCUUUUUCUGAUGAAUCUGUGAAUGGAAAAAAAGUUACAUUUAUAUUUAUUGGAUGUAAAUUAUAAGUUAUUGCCCAUUCAGUUUAACAACUGUGGCUCCACUGGUUGAUUUACAAGAGAAACGUAAGCAUGGAUACAGACUUUACGAUGCGUUGGGCCAGUGAGGAAUAUCUGUGUAUCACUGGCAUUAAGACAGCUUUAUUUACUGCUUGAGUUGUGGGAAUAUAUCCAGCUUUGUUUGUCUGUUGUGUAUACAAACUCAUAUUAAAGCUGCAAUAACCUCAAGUUAUAAGGCUGUAAAAUGUCUGUGGAAAAUCUUGCAUCACCUCCGUGUGAGGGAUGCUGUGUUUGGUUUUCCUGGCGUAACGUUGUGAUUCUCCCCUGCUGUUCUUAAGAAAGCUCAACUUGGCGGACAUCGAGAGGAUAGCACCAUUGGAGGAGGGCGCACUCCCAUACCACCUGGCUGAGAUCCAAAGACAGGUACCCUGCUGAAUGACUGACCACAUGGAGUUACCUGCUGCCUUUUAUCUACUGCAUGCCUUCUUCUCCCACUAUGCUUUCUUAUUAGAGCGCAACAAAAGGGAGUGUUUGAUGACGUAAUUAGCAGAGUGUUGAUGUUUUCUCUUUCUUUGUGAAUGUGCAUUAUGAACACCUAGGAUAAAAGCAUGUCCCAUUUUAUUCAGUGUGGACAUAUACAUCAGACACAAUCACAUAUCUGUGAAGCUUUUAUCAGGAUGGCUUUUCAGGAGUCUGCUAGUGUGUGGAGCAUCUGGCUAAAUCUGUUUAGAGUAGGAGGCUAGGAGCACAGUGAGAGUGCUGGAGAGAUGUGGAUCUAGGAGGCGGAAAUAGUUCCUAUCUUUCCAAACGACACAGCUCUGUAAAUCAGACUGUGGUCAGGCCUUGGUCCACUCACGCUCCGGGACUUCUGCUCAGAGGUCUGGAAUGUGGCUUUGGGGAAAAAGGAAUGACAAGAACAUGUUGGUGUUCUCAGGUCUGCCCCUUUGUGGAAGUAGGAUAAUUGCUUAAACCCUUUGAUCAAGGCCUCGAUCUCAUUAGCAUGCUGCCUUCAGUGAAAGCAGCUGGGGAGGUGGAUGGGCCUGAUCUGGGAGAUGUUGCUCACUACACCAAGGAGGGCAGACACACUCCAACUGUUACUUAGCCAGUGUAAUAAUUAAUGUAGAGACGUAUCUCUACAUGGGAAAGGCUUGUGGGAUUAAGCUGUUACACGGCAGCACAGAGAAAACAAAGGGGCUCCACUUUCAACAUCAAGAACAAAACCAGAGAUCAGGCAGAUAACACAAAAUUAUGCUUAGUUGAAAAAAAUUCAACUAAGCAUGAGGCCUUCAACCUCUCACUAGCUUCAUCGUAAUCAAUGGAUAGUUCUGGAAAGUUCUCCUACACAGUACUGUAUCCGUAGCCAGAGUGUCUAUGUCGUGACAUACAAUACUGGCUUAUGAAUAAGACUUAUACCACGACAAGAUGUCUACAUUCCAUAGCUUCCCUCCUCUGUUGAGUGGUCCAUAACAUUUUUCUUUCCACAAUGUAUCUGGUUCACUACAGUUUAAUAGAAGUCGAUUCAUUCCUGGUGUUCUGAUCUCCUGUCUUUUCUCCCUCAACAGCAAGCUCACGGGGAUCCACAUCGGUCUGUCUUGCUCCAGGCUGCAGAGUCUGCUUACAGGUUCGGUCUGGGCGCACUCGCUGGAGGUGAGUGACAUGUCUACGGAAGAGCCCCCGGCCCACUGAGGGGUAACCCAAGCUGGUCAGACUGGCGCACUGAGUCCCUGGGGCCGGGUCUGCCCAUUGUGCUUCAGGGAGAGGUGCUCUGAUCUGAGGCUCCCGCAUUGUGCUGCUGUGCCACUGGUGGCUCCAGGCUGUCUUUGGAGCCGGAGCUUUGGAAUGACACAAAUCUUCCGGAACCGCUAUGGAAUCUCUGUCUAAUUACUCUGGGAGGAACUGAUACAAGGAACCUCUGACAUGACAGCCAUUGAGAUAGGCACAGACACAGAGAGAGAGAGAGAGAGAGAGAGAGAGUGUGUGUAUGUACAGUGGGGGAAAAAAGUAUUUAGUCAGCCACCAAUUGUGCAAGUUCUCCCACUUAAAAAGAUGAGAGAGGCCUGUAAUUUUCAUCAUAGGUACAUGUCAACUAUGACAGACAAAAUGAGAAAAAAAUUUCCAGAAAAUCACAUUGUAGGAUUUUUUAUGAAUUUAUUUGCAAAUUAUGGUGGAAAAUAAGUAUUUGGUCAAUAACAAAAGUUUCUCAAUACUUUGUUAUAUACCCUUUGUUGGCAAUGACACAGGUCAAACGUUUUCUGUAAGUCUUCACAAGGUUUUCACACACUGUUGCUGGUAUUUUGGCCCAUUCCUCCAUGCAGAUCUCCUCUAGAGCAGUGAUGUUUUGGGGCUGUCGCUGGGCAACACGGACUUUCAACUCCCUCCAAAGAUUUUCUAUGGGGUUGAGAUCUGGAGACUGGCUAGGCCACUCCAGGACCUUGAAAUGCUUCUUACGAAGCCACUCCUUCGUUGCCAGGGUGGUGUGUUUGGGAUCAUUGUCAUGCUGAAAGACCCAGCCACAUUUCAUCUUCAAUGCCCUUGCUGAUGGAAGGAGGUUUUCACUCAAAAUCUCACGAUACAUGGCCCCAAUCAUUCUUUCCUUUACACGGAUAAGUCGUCCUGGUCCCUUUGCAGAAAAACAGCCCCAAAGCAUGAUGUUUCCACCCCCAUGCUUCACAGUAGGUAUGGUGUUCUUUGGAUGCAACUCAGCAUUCUUUGUCCUCCAAACACGACGAGUUGAGUUUUUACCAAAAAGUUAUAUUUUGGUUUCAUCUGACCAUAUGACAUUCUCCCAAUCCUCUUCUGGAUCAUCCAAAUGCACUCUAAUAAACUUCAGACGGGCCUGGACAUGUACUGGCUUAAGCAGGGGGACACGUCUGGCACUGCAGGAUUUGAGUCCCUGGCGGCGUAGUGUGUUACUGAUGGUAGGCUUUGUUACUUUGGUCCCAGCUCUCUGCAGGUCAUUCACUAGGUCCCCCCGUGUGGUUCUGGGAUUUUUGCUCACCGUUCUUGUGAUCAUUUUGACCCCACGGGGUGAGAUCUUGCGUGGAGCCCCAGAUCGAGGGAGAUUAUCAGUGGUCUUGUAUGUCUUCCAUUUCCUAAUAAUUGCUCCCACAGUUGAUUUCUUCAAACCAAGCUGCUUACCUAUUGCAGAUUCAGUGUUCCCAGCCUGGUGCAGGUCUACAAUUUUGUUUCUGGUGUCCUUUGACAGCUCUUUGGUCUUGGCCAUAGUGGAGUUUGGAGUGUGACUGUUUGAGGUUGUGGACAGGUGUCUUUUAUACUGAUAACAAGUUCAAACAGGUGCCAUUAAUACAGGUAACGAGUGGAGGACAGAGGAGCCUCUUAAAGAAGAAGUUACAGGUCUGUGAGAGCCAGAAAUCUUGCUUGUUUGUAGGUGACCAAAUACUUAUUUUCCACCAUAAUUUGCAAAUAAAUUCAUUAAAGAUCCUACAAUGUGAUUUUCUGGAUUUAUUUUCCUCAUUUUGUCUGUCAUAGUUGACGUGUACCUAUGAUGAAAAUUACAGGCCUCUCUCAUCUUUUUAAGUCGGAGAACUUGCACAAUUGGUGGCUGACUAAAUACUUUUUUUCCCCACUGUAUGUGCGUGUGUGUGUGUGUGUGAGUGCAACCAACAUGCAACUUCCUAAGACCCUAUGUCUUUGUGGGCUGUGGGUCUUUGAACCAGCUGCUGAGGAAGGUGAUCAGUUCUGAAUGAUCAAUGGACAGUUGAGGGAAAUCGGUGCCUCUCCAUGGCGAUGAUGAGACCUUUCUCAACCUCUCUUGCUGAUGAAGGGUGUCAGCUCUUUGCAUGCUUGAGAGCCAGAGUCAUUACAAGGCCUUUGAUGUCAGAGACAAGACAUGACAAGCCGCUGUGGCUAAGAGCUGCAUUUAGGGAAACCUGCUGCAUGGCUGCCUCGUCAGACAAUAGACACAAUCUACACAACGGCUCUCCCACAGACUCCAUAGUCAAUACUCUGUCUGGGCCUAAUGACUGUUGUUCUUGUUUAUAUGCCCACAGCAAAACAAUAAAACACCAAUCUUUAGCUAUACUAUACUAACCAAUCUUUAGUACCUAAAAACUGUCUGCUAAAUAGUUAAAAUAAUUAUACAUAUAUUUGCUGUGAAUAUAUGAAGAUCAUUACAUUUACAUUACAUUUUAGUCAUUUAGCAGACGCUCAUAUCCAGAGCGACUUACAGGAGCAAUUAGGGUUAAGUGCCUUGCUUAAGGGCACAUCGACAGAUUUUUCACCUAGUCGGCUCGGGGAUUAGAACCAGCGACCUUUCAGUUACUGGCACAACGCUCUUACCCACUAAGCUACCUGCCGCCCAAUCAUAGAAUAUUAUCACCAAGAAGAGUAUGUUGAUGGUGUGAAUACAGUAUGUUGAUGGUGUGAGGACAGUAUGCUGAUGGUGUGAAUACAGUAUGUUGAUGGUGUGUGUACAGUAUGUUGAUGGUGUAAAUACAGUAUGUUGAUGGUGUAAAUACAGUAUGUUGAUGGUGUGAAUACAGUAUGUUGAUGGUUUGAAUACAGUAUGUUGAUGGUGUGAAUACAGUAUGUUGAUGGUGUGAAUACAGUAUGUUGAUGGUGUGUGAUUUUCAGCCACGGGUGCGACCGCUGUGUACCCCAUUGAUCUGGUGAAGACCCGUAUGCAGAACCAGCGCUCCACCAGCUCCUUCGUAGGAGAGCUCAUGUACAAGAACAGCUUCGACUGUGCCAAGAAAGUGUUCCGAUAUGAGGGAUUCUUUGGAUUCUACAGAGGUAUAAACUAAAGCAUGGUGAAUGGGUUUCUAUUAUGUAAUGCUAGAUACGGUCAUCGGGUCCUCCAAAACAAGUUAUGUUGUUCUGCCAGGAUCAUCAUCCGCAUGGUUUGCAUAAUAGCAGAAACAUUUGCCUUCAUGUUCUAAAUUCACCAAGUCCAUGGAGGGCCACAUUGUCAUUACCUAGCUAGCUGAAAACGUCCCAGAGGAAAAACGCAAACAGAACUCAUGUAGAAGUGUCAGAUCCAUGUUUUCCAGUGUAGUGAUAACGGUGCUGAAGGCUUGUGAUAUAUAAAACUCCCACAGUGAGAGGGCUCUCAGAUGAAGGAAGUCAAGACUGCCAUCUACUGCUGCCUCCGUCACUGCAGCUCUUUGUUAGUCCUCUCUGCUCUGUCCUCCUUCCUCCCUCUUUAUCUUUCCACACUGAUGAGAGGGGGAUUGACUGAGAGACAGACAUGCUUGACUGUUUUCUGGCUGCAUACCAUGAGGAGUCACUCACUAGCUCCUUCAGAAGUUUAUCUGGCUCACUGAAGGACGGACGGUGAAACAGUACAGUGGUUAUCAGCGCUAUAGCACUGACCCCCCUCCCACCAGGGCCACACAGCUCUCUCUGUUCCACACGACACUGGGAUCAGGCCACAACAAUGCUGAGCCCAUACAACUGCCAGUGUCAUAUUUGAGCUUUUUGUUCAUUUGAAUGGGAGGCAUUGUCGUUUGGUGCAUCAGAUGUAUCAGCCGUAUCUGUAAAUAUUGAUUGUUUAUUUUACCCAGACAAGAAUCAUGCUGAUUUCAUUGUAGGGACUGUCAGUGGAUGCAUUUAUUUCCAGUCAGUGUCUUCCUCUGACAGGAAAUCUAAAAGGUCUCCAUGAAUACUGUUUUGCAGGUCUCGUACCACAGCUUAUCGGUGUUGCCCCAGAGAAAGCUAUCAAACUCACGGUAAGUCAUUACAAUCAUUUCCCUUAGAGUGCCUUCACUUUCAUUGCACAAUAAGGAAAAGUUGUACCCUUCGUAUGUUGAACAUGAAUACCAUCUCACAGAAAAUACAAUACGUCUUCCAAAAUCCAAGACGUGACUAGAUGCACUCAUUGUCAUUCUCCUUGAGGAUUUAUUUAUUUAAAAGUGUGCUUUGUGCUUGUCUGAUUAUCUUCUCUUUUCUUACAGAUGAAUGACUUUGUAAGAGACAAAUUCACCACAGAAGAUAACACCAUUCCCCUGUUUGCAGAAGUCCUGGCUGGUGCAACUGUAAGUAUUGACGUGAGGAUGUCUUCGUAUAGACAGUCUGUCUAUACAGAGUGAGGGCUGAAAAUACUCUUGUGCUUCAUGCAAAGCAAAGUUAAAGUGUUGGCAUUGACUCACAUAAAUCCAAUUGACCUUGAUGUGGGGGAAGUGAAACAAGAUUUUUGUUGAAACUAAAACAUUCUGUAAGAUUUUCUCUUUCAGUUUAUGAACAUUUGCAUCUCAUGGGUGUACAUUUUGAAUUCCAGACAUUGAGCCAAGAACGGGAGGACAUUUUUGUGGUUUUCAAACUCCUUCAACUUCAAGGUUUAGCUUAAUUCUUUCUGACUGAUAUGAAAAUACAAUUAUAAGCUUUUCAUUUUCAAUUAGAAUUACGGAUAUUGAGUUAUUGUAUAUAAAUGUAAGCUCUAAUUCAAGCUUCCCGCCAGUGUAUUGACAUCCUAAAUAACUAGGGGGGCUGAAUAGAAAGGCGCUCUUUGGUCUCUGAACCCUAUAAUUGGGCACAAUUUGAGAAAUGAUGCCUGUGAAUGGACUAUUUUUACCUCAGCGUGCUAAUUAGGCACACUAACGUUUGGUGAGUGCAUUGGUUAAAAAGCGCGCAAUUCCGUCGGCCUACCUCUCUGCUAAAUGAGUCCAAGUGAAACGAAACAGACAGGGCGGGGAGGAGAGCCUGCAGGUUGCCUACGGAGGGCAGGGUCUGUGGGGUUAUGACCCCUGUCAGCCUGUAAUUGGAGGAAGAAGGGCUGGAGGGCCAUGGGAUGGAGCUGGCUUUACCUCACUGUGAUUGAGUUUGACAGGACUGCACAUACCUGAGGCCUGAUCUGCCAUGGGCCCAUGGGCACCACAGGUCCAUACACCAUACAAGUACAACAACAAGCAUAGCAUGCACCCUAUAACUUUUUAGUUCUGGUGAAGGACACCACCCUGCAAUGUUAUCUUCUCUAAUGUAUUAUGUAAGCAUUGAUAUUCAUGUUUGUGAGAUUUUCCCCAUAGUAUUAAUUUCUUGCACAUCUGAUAAACAUGGUCUUCAUGUAAAGUAGUUUCACAUUGUAGAGCAGGGGUCUUCAACCUUUUCUUGCCCAGGGACCCCCUUCCAGGCAAACCGAUGACCCAGGGACCCCCAUCAUAUGUUACCAAAAAAUAAUCACAUAUCUUGUCUUAUCAUCAGGUGAAUGAUAUUGGCAAGGAGAAGUAAUCAACAUUUUAAAAUGAAUAGAUUUGAUAGACAGUUUAAUUAUUUUGACCUCCCCACAAUAUAACUGGAAGAGGAAGUGUAAACUCUAACACAGCCUAUUAGCUAGAAAGGUAACUCCAAACACAUUUUCGCUAAAAGAUCAUCUGUUUAGCUGGUAGGCCAUGUGUUGGCAAAAAAUGAAUGUCCAAGUCAAGAACGCUUACCGGCAGCCAGCGGCACUUGCCGCACUAGUAGCCUAUUUGUGAGUGCUUUUUCAAAGCCUAUGUCAAAUACUACAGUGAGUGUAAUUGAAUCCAACGAGUGUAAUUUGCUCAAUAUUAGGAGUUGAGAAAUAAAGUUGACAUCAUUACAAAGAAGAUACUAUAUUCUCCUCUUUUUUACUGCAGGUAUGUCAUUCAAAAAUACAUGUAUUCUGUUGUUGCUAGCGAUGUUCAUAAAAUACCCCACUGACAUGUUUUCUUUUUUUUACAUACCCCAGUUGAAUAACCCUGUUGUAGAGGGCAAAUGUUCUGUUAGUUUGUUGUAAUGUUAUCCCUCCUGACUGAAUGAAUAAGUGGGGAAUAUAAAGGAGAUAGAGACAGAGGGAUGAAUGCAUAAAUCUUCAGAGUAGCAGAUGUUCCCCUUCCACUUUGAAAAUGACUAAACGUGCCUGAGCUUUUUUUAGGACAGCGCUCGGAUGUUUACAGAUAGGAGCCCUGCCCUCUGUGUCACCAGCAGGCAUCCAGGGGCCUGAUUAGAUUUGGGGAGGGUGAUAAAUGUGCCUGAGUCAGAGGGGCUGUGCCCUUGGGCGUCCCUGUCUUGGCCCUGAGCAGAGCAUGGUGAUUCAGCGCUCUCCCCUGGGAAUGGGGUGAAUUGGGGAAGUGUGCGGGGCGAGGCCAGGCUGGGCCACUCACCCCUCUACAGGAGGUGCCUGGGGUGCCUGGGGAGAGGGAAGGGGCAGAGGGCUGGUGCCAGGGUCAGGGCCUUCCAGCCUUGAGCCAGGCUUCUCCUCACACCACGCCUGUCUUUCCCUGACCCCACUGUUUCCUCCCUCAAUGUCUGCUUGUUUCUCCUGCUCCCAUCAAGACCACUGUCUGACAGCGCGACAUUAGCGCUAGAAAAGUGUAUUUUGUGUUUAAGUUUACAAAGCUAAUUUGAAAGUGCUUAUUGGGGUGAAAUGCUUAGGCACCAUAAGUUAUUAUCAUCCUCACCAUGGGCUGACCCCUUAAUCAUAGGACACAAGUAAACAAAUAAAUGAAAAGGAUUUAAUUACUGUAAGUGAUUACUUUCAUUUGACAAUUUAAGUUUUGCAUUAUAGAUAUAGAUUUAUUUGUGAGAUGGAAAGUGAGUAAGACAGAAAAUGAGUAAGACGAUCUUAUAACAUUGCUGUUACUGGUGCACUGUGACAUGUACUGUUGCUUCUCACCCUAACCUGGGUUGUGUUCUGCAGGCUGGAGGCUCCCAGGUGAUCUUCACCAAUCCUCUGGAGAUAGUCAAGAUCCGUCUCCAGGUGGCCGGAGAGAUCACCACGUCCCGAAGGGUUGGUGCCCUGACCGUGGUCAGGGACCUGGGCCUCUUUGGCCUCUACAAGGUGGGUAAACUCCUCUACAUCACAGCACCACUCUAAAAACCUAUGUUAUAGCCUAACUCAACCACCUCUGCAUGAUGUCACCCCCAAGGGCAGCUUAUGCUGCUGUGAUGUUGAACAAUACAUACUGUAUGACUGUUUAACAAUGCUAUUACAUAAGACAAUGCUGAUAUUACAUAAGGAAUAUGAGAGUUCUGAUGAGCAGGCACAGUCUGCAGUAGGAUGACUAGCUAGAUUCCCAACUGACUAUUACAAUCAUAUUAUGUCUUUCCAAAACAGUGUUUAACAUGCAGGGAGACCACGGCUGCCAACAACCAACAGAAAAUGAGGGGGGAUUAUGCUUUACCACUGCUCCUUUCCAAGUUCUCGUGGGUUUACUUACAUCUCGAGUAAUGUGUUCAUGGUCCAUAUUUUAAUGAGAAGCAGACAAUGUGGAGCUUGUUAAAAGAGACUCACUUCCUCCCUGUGGAUGGGCCCAGUAGACCACGGGUCCAUGUUAAUGCUGUCUCGGUGUGUGUCUGAGAGACUGCGGGCUGGGAGGGAGGGAGCUCUCUGGGGGCCCCGGGGGAAACCACGGGGGAGCAGUGCUGCCUGGGGGCCUUCUGGCUCCUUCUGUGACCCACCGCACCGCCAGGCUCCUCUGUUGGUUGGCUGAGGUUCACAGCCAGCCAACAAUAAUCCACUGGAGCUCCCAGGCUAGAUGAUCCCGUAGCCACAGCGGCCGCCUGAACCACUGCAAUUACCCUCUACACCAUCAGGGUCAAACAUAUGAAUUACAGUAGAAUAUUCAGUAUUGUAGAAUAUUCAGUACAGUAGUCCAAACCUGGACUAAAGAGACCAGAUGUCGACACUACUUAACUCAUUUGAUGUUGAUGAUUCCACAUAAACCUGUGCAAUAUACAAUAUACAAGCACUCAAAGCGUUAUCAUGAGAAAAUAUCUAAUAAAGUAAUGUACCAUGAAAAUGCGAUGUUCUUGCAGGUGUAGUUAUUUUGGGUCAUAUAAAAUAAAUCAUUAUGCGUUUGUGUGUCCUAGGGAGCGAAAGCCUGUUUUCUGCGUGACAUCCCGUUCUCUGCCAUCUACUUCCCUGUGUACGCCCACACCAAGGCUGAGUUUGCAGACGAACAGGGCAGAAUUGGCGCUUUGCAGCUGCUCACUGCUGGUGCCAUAGCAGGUAACUAGCGCUAACAACCACAGCUGCAAACCUCACCAUCUCAACCUAUAGACAUAGCAUCGACACUAGACCUGAAGAAAUGCUUAAGGUCAAUUAAUAUAUAUAUAUAUUUUUAUCAUUAACAGUAUAUUCAAUAUGAUUGUAAUCUACUUUCUAUAACAUGUACAGUAAAUGACUGGACAUUCUGUUCCUUUUCUAUUUUAAACCUGGCAUUGUACUGCACUGCUUGCCAUCAGUGGUGAUACUGUUCCUGCAUAGUGAGAGUGCCUCAUUAUGUGGGUUGUGCAACACCUCCUAAGGUAUACCUGCUGCCUCCCUGGUGACCCCUGCCGAUGUCGUCAAGACCAGGCUUCAGGUGGCGGCACGCGCAGGCCAGACCACAUACAACGGCGUUAUAGACUGCUUCAGGAAGAUCAUUGCUGAGGAGGGCUUCAGGGCCCUGUGGAAGGGAGCAGGAGGUAGGGGACACACGCACUCAAAUGAGCGGUUUCAUGACUGGGAAAUUAGGCACUCCGUGGCUCCCAUAAUUGCUCUCUUGAAGACAUCAGAGAAAAUGUGAAAUCCCACAUUGUAAUUUUAACCUCUGUCCCACCAGCCCGUGUCUGCAGGUCCUCGCCACAGUUUGGUGUAACCUUGGUGACUUAUGAACUCUUGCAGAGAUGGUUCUACAUCGACUUUGGAGGACAGUGAGUAUUCUGUCUGGCUCACCUAUAGUGAACUGAAGUACACUUACAGUUACAAGGAUGUCAGUUUAUGUCUGCCAUUGUAUGUUGUUUAUCCUUCCCAAAUCUUUUCCCCCCAGUCGCCCCACCGGUUCUGAGCCAACUCCUAAGUCGAGGAUCUCCGACCUUCCCCCUGUAAGUGCUGACCACGUAGGAGGCUACCGUCUGGCUGCUGCCACAUUCGCUGGUGUGGAGAACAAGUUUGGUCUACACCUGCCCAAGUUCAAGUCUUCUGGAGUGGUGUCUGUUAGCCAAGCCCCAGCUGUGCCCAAAAACGAGCCUACGGCC